CCCUUUGCCCCUUCUUCUCCGUCUACGGCAAAUUAUAGUUUAUUCUCUUCUUAAAUUUCUUCAAACUUUUACUCUGAAACCAGAAUUUAAAUGGUUAUACUCUACACAUAAUGUAGCUUUUAUGCGCUAGUGAUUUACUUAGAAAGCUUUUCAAAUUGGUGAUUUUCAAUUGUUGGUGUUGAAACUCUUCCAUUUUACACGUAAGUUUUGUGCUUUUUGGGAGCUAGUUGAAGCUGUGUUCAAUAUGCUGGAUGAAUCUAAAAAUAUAUAAAGAGGAAUCAUUGAUUCAUCCGUACACAAAAAUAAGGAUUUAAAUAGUAUUUUCUUCUGGUAUGAACACGCAAGUAGGCGGUUUAAUAAACUAAAUUAAUUGUAAUUAUGUAAACAUGAAAUAAUACUCAAAGUUAUAAUUAUAAACUAACUUGAAAUAAGGAAAACAUAAAUGAACUCUAACAGGGAAAACUUUUUUUUUUAUGUUAUCAAUGAGAUGAAAUUUUGAUCUAGGGUUAUGAGCUAUCUAACAAUUACGUUCUAGUUUUCAGUUGAUUCAGUGUCUUAAUUUUCCACUUAAUUUAUCUAUUUACUGAUUAAGACAGUUAAUAUUACAAAUAAGAAUCUUUCGAUUCUUUGAUUGCCUGUUCGAAUUACUUCCACACCUAUGUGUCAUGGUCGUGAGCCUUAACACGAAUGCAUUUUCAACUUUGGUAAAUUGACCAAGCAAAACGACUUAAGUAUUAAGAACUUGUCCUAUUUAAUCUUAUUGCAAUCUUGAAUUCCCACUUUCAAGUUCAAUUCAUUAAAUAGUCGGUCAAACAAUCGAAUAACUAAGCUCAUGAUUAAAUAAAUAAAUUAAUAUGAUAAACUAAUUACUUGAAAUCAAUAUUCAAUAAUAACAAUCUUCAAAGGACCAUUAUCCAAGAGUGAGAAGUUAUUUCUAUUUAGACAUGGAGAAAAGCAAUAAAUUACACAAUGACUAAUAGUAGGGAGAAGAAAACUUAUUGAAAGAUCAAUCUGGAAAUGAAAAGUUGGUACUACAACAACCGUAAAUAAACAUUUCCUCCUAGCUUUGAUUUUGAUCAGCUUGCCCGCACAAUGUUCUUUUAUUUUAAGAGAAGAGAUCAAGAGACUCUGGUUUUUGAUGGUUGUCUUUUGUAUCACGUCAAGAGAAAUGACAUAAAUAAAAUCAUUGCGAAAAGAGUUCUAUUGUCAAAUUGAUCUCGAAAUGGAUCCCAAUAGUAGCUAUUGCCCAAAAGGUGCUAAUGAUGGCGGUCCACCAUAGUGAAAGACGUAUAAUUGAAACCCAAUAAAUUCUGGCCUCCAUGGCGACUCUUAGCUCUCCGAAGGUCAAAAGUUGUUUAAAAAUUGUGUUUAGAAUGUACUAUUUAGGAUAUAGUUAUAGAGUACAAAUGAAUCUGGCUUUUAAAAACCAAAUCCAAAUCUACAUCAAAAUAGGAAUAGGAUUAGGAAAAUUUUUGGGCGUCGUGGGUGUGCGUCUGCUGGUGAUGCGCUUGCUUGGUAAUUUGUAGUACAGAACCACUUCUAGGCGGGUGCCGCCUCACAUUGGUGGCGCCCGGAUGAAGGUUUCAAACUGGGAGCAAUAAUUGUGAUUCCACGUAGACAACUCAUAGUGCACUUUUUAAAGCUGCUUGCUUCAAUUCAUUUCAAUUUACACUUGUUACCUUUGCAAUAUUUUCUUUGUUUCAAUCAUUAAGCCAUUUUGUGUUGUCUUAUUUUGCUUUCAUCAUGAAUCUUCUUUGAUACUUUUGUAAUUUUAACAUUUUCACCCAAUUUUGCUGUAAAUUCCAUCUCUAAUGUUCCGACAAAGUAAAAAUACAAUACUAAACACAAUAGACUAUAGUUAAUACUCAAACGACGAUUAGAGAUGCUAAAAUAUUAACGCAAAUAAUAAAUAAAUAUCUGCAUUUUAGGCCGAGCAUCAACAUGAAUAAACGAAUGAAGUUCGAAAGGUCCAAUAAUUACUUUUAGCCCCAUUUUCUUGUGUCUAGAAUUCUAGAUCAUAUUCGAAAUGGGUUUAGUUUAUCACCUACCGUUUUUUUCGGUUUAUGAUAUUGUGUUGUGUGAUUAUUCUUCUGAUUACAAUAUUUUACAAUUCAAACUGAAGUUUCAGUGGAAAAAAUAGAGAGAUAUUUUCGAAGUACUAAAAACAGCUUCCACAUCUCAAAGUUAACCUGGUGAGUCUAUUAUAAAAAAUAUUUCAAAGGGUGAAACCUCGUCAAGUACAAUUAUGAUUAUAUACUUGAGUUAUGCUUUUACUAGUAGAAUUUCUUUUGUUAACUUCUAUAUAUAAGUUCUUACUUUAUAUAAUUGUAUGUGCUUGUAGUCUACAGAGUUAUAGGACAAUUUAUUUGUUCUGAUUGCAUAUAAUGUGAUGGUUGAUGCUUCUCCGACGUGACCUCCUUUUGUCCAAUCACUGAUAAUUUGAGGAGUGCAGAUAACUAGGUGUUAGAUACAUACUUCCCAAUUCACUAUUAAGUUGUUAGCUUGAGGAGUAUCCCAGAAGCUAAUGAUACGAACUUUAAAUGCUGAAGUAACAAGAUAACAAGAAAUCGACAAACGAGAUAGACUGGCCACACUGUUCCGUUGUAAAUUGUAUGCCUUUCAUAUUGGAUAAUCCAAACUGACAUUACGAAUGAUAUCUUUCGUACGCUCUAUCUUUAGUUUGAUACUUUUUAUUGUUGAAUUAUGUUCUUCUUCGCCAGUGAUCUUCAUAAACUUUUUUAUGUAUGUAAACUUCUUUCUUUGAUCCACAUGAUAAUGGACUCAACUUCCCUUGCCACUACACAGCCCCUGAUGAUAAGCAAAGCACCAACUCAUUUGAGUCUACUGAAGACUUUGAGACUGCUUUUUGGUGAUAGUAUGGGAACAGGCCAAGUUGAAACUCCUUUUCCAGAAAGCUUGAUAGGGUAGAAAAGGCUUAUGAUACAUCUGGGUUGGGAUCCACGUUCAGUUCUGGCAAAGAUCUAGUUUACUGGAUGUUCUGGAUGAGAGUUUUGAUACUUUAUCAGAUGGGAUGGAUGGUAAGUUGAAGGAAGAAGCCAGAUAUUUUGAGUUUGAUCUUGAUGAAGUAGAGAAAGAUCAUUAUGCUUACUGAGCAGAUAUGACCUUUUGGCCAAGGAACACUUGUUAAAUCAAGGUAUGAGAAAUGAGGUAGCAUUUCAGACAUGCUUUUAGCAUCACGAGUGUCAUUUUUCCGUAUGAGGAUACGUCUCAUUGGUUUUUGUAUAUCUUGCACCCAUUGGCGUUUCAACAGCUUCCGUCAAACUUUCAAAUGUAUAGGCUGUGUUAAAAUUGUAUGGUCGAAGUGCUUAUUUCCUAGUACACCUUGUUUCAAUCUUCAUUCUCUGUGGCAAGAGCAAAAUUAUGGAUGGCAUUAAUUUGUUGCCGUAACUCAACCUAUUCUCUAUGGUUCUUCCAUGUCCACCUCUAAUCUUUUCAUUUUUAUCUGCGGGAUCUUGAUCUUAGAAAACCAGGAGUUCGCAAGCCCUUUCAUAGGGAUAAUUGAAAUUACAACAGAGGAAAUUCUGCACAAAGCUGGUUUCAGGAUUGGUAGUCUUGGUUCUGCAUCACUUUGACCAUGUACGUCUUCAAAAAUUAUGGAGACACCCUCCAGCACAUGUAUUGGUUAUGUAAUAUACUAGCAUCAAGUUUCUCUGCUGGUCAAAUUUUCAAAAAAGUUUCUCUUGCUGGUCAGUUUAUUGGUACUGAAUAUCACAUCCCCAAGUGCUGGAUUGAUUCUUAUUACCUUGUAAGUUUGGCCUAACAGAGUUAUCUGCUUUAUACAUUUAAACAUAUUUGUAAUAGAGAACGUGAGGUUCCUAGCUAGCUUCAUCGCGGAAGCUGGAAUUCUCCUCAAGAGGAGCAAGAAUGGAAUUAGUGUGAAGGCUCACAGAAUGAUUGCCAUGGGGAUUCAAAACUGCUAGAACUUUUGGUCUGAUGCUGUUCACCACUAUGGGAACAAAACAAUUUGUGUUUGCCAGAACAAUGGAGGAUCUAUGAGUAUGAGAUGUACUAUCCCAAUUUUGUCAAUUUGGAAGCACUUUAAGCCUGAAAUGAUACUAGUGUCUUAAUCGACCAUGUGUUUUGUCCUUGAGAAUGUGUAUGUAUUAUCAACUAGUUAUAGUUAUGAAAAGAUGCUCUGUUAGCUGAGAUUUUGUUUCAAAUUACAUACUGCUUCAAAGGACUUCCCUACAUAACACAUAGGUUUCAAUUCAUAGUACAUCAAUGAUUUAACUGUUGGACCUCUCCUUCGUUGGUGUUCAUUUUUGUAAUAUUACCUCCAAAGUUGUAAUUCCGAUAAGUUACAUAAACAAGAAGUAAUGAAUAGCAAAUCAUUUUGUUCAGUAAUCACAUGUUGCAAGAUCUGAGAGCAGUUGGUAUUAGGUGGAUUGUUAUACACCAUGGGACCUCUCAUGUAAUGUUCAUUUUCCAAUUUGACUCAUUAGCCUUGGACUAUGUCUUCUUCUCAACUGCUCUUCCCUUUUUCUGUUUGCAGUGAGCAAUUCCUCUAUUUAAGGCCUCAACUUUCAGUAUUAACAUCAAAAAACACAACUUUCUCAUUGUGUUACUGUAGAAAUUUAAUGGCUUCCUUCUACUUAGCUUCUUUGUGCAUUAUGCUACUGAUCAAGUUUUCAGUAACAUUUGCAAGUGGAAAUGUUGUUUCAAAUAAGUUGGAGAAAACAUGCAUUGAUGGUGUGACCAUCGCGUUAAGUUUUGGUUUGUACCUAAACAGCUGCCCAGAAGCUGAAGCUAUAAUCUUUUCAUGGGUGGAAAGUGCAGUGUCCCAAGACCCCAGAAUGGCUGCUUCUUUGCUUCGUCUUCAUUUCCAUGACUGUUUCGUUAAUGGAUGUGACGCAUCAGUACUCCUGGACGAUACCUCUAAUUUCAGCGGAGAGAAAACAGCUGGACCAAACUUGAACUCAUUAAGGGGUUUUGAAGUGAUUGAUAACAUCAAGGCUGACCUAGAAUAUGCUUGUCCCCAGACUGUAUCUUGUGCUGAUAUUCUUGCUAUUGCUGCUAGAGAUUCUGUUGUCCUGUCAGGAGGCUUGGGAUGGCAAGUGCAAAUGGGGAGAAAGGAUAGCUUAACAGCAAGCAAAACAGCAGCAAAUAACAUCCCAGGACCAAACUCAAAUGUAGCCACCCUUGUUACCAACUUUCAAAAUCUUGGUCUGUCUCUUCAAGACAUGGUCACUCUAUCAGGUGCACAUACAAUUGGAAAGGCUAGAUGUGCUACAUUUAGCUCCAGGCUAAACAACAACAAUAACGCGGGCGUCAGAAAUUCAGAAAUGAACUUGGAUUUCUUGCAGUCACUGCAACAACUGUGCUCAGCUAACAAUAACACUACACUAGCAAAUCUUGAUGACAUGACUCCAUCAACGUUCGAUAAUCACUACUACGUUAAUCUUCUAUCAGGAAAAGGUUUGCUUGUUUCUGACCAAGUCCUAGCAACUGGAGAUGACGAUAACACUAGAGAAAUUGUGCAGAAUUAUGUAGACGAUCCAUCUUUGUUUCUUGAGGAUUUCAAAAACUCCAUGCUCAAAAUGGGAAGCUUACCACCACCAACUGGAACAAAUGGCGAAAUCCGUGUUAAUUGUAGGGUUAUUAAUUAAAGUUUGAUAGCCCAAUUUGUAACGUUGCUAUUACUAUUGAUAUCAUUCUAUAUGUGCUAUUUGUGUUGAUUUCUUCUCUUUAAA